AUGGCACUGUUUCUUCAAGGCUGCACGUUUGCUCAGCAAUACGCCUCUUCACUACUUCAUGGCAAAUCUCAAUCGUCUACAAGGGCCUUGAAGCUAGGCGUCUUGUCGACUGCGAGGAUAAAUUCUGCGGCCGUUAUCCAUCCAGCGGAAACACAUCCAGAUGUAGAGCUUUAUGGGAUUGCAUCUCGAGAUGCUCAGACGGCAAAGAAUGCAGCUACGAAAUAUGGCUUCUCAAAGUCAUACGGUUCCUAUCAGGAGCUUUUGGACGAUCCGCUUAUCAGCAUGGUUUAUAUCUCGUUGCCAAAUAGCUUGCAUUUCGAGUGGAGUAAGAAGGCAUUAAUUGCCGGGAAACACGUCCUCUGUGAAAAACCAUUUACUUCUAAUGCAGAGGAGGCAAGGGAGCUAUUCAGGGUGGCAGAAGAGAGAAGGCUGGUUGUCGAAGAGGCUUUCCAUUGGCAGUUCCAUCCUGCAGCACAUCUAUUCAGAAACAUCCUCGAGUCGAAUAAAUACGAUAGGAUAAUUCGAACAGAUGCCUGGAUGACUUCUACCCCUGCUAUACCUUCGGGAGAUAUUCGAUGGCAGUAUGAUCUAGGGGGCGGCUCGUUGAUGGAUGAAUGCUAUGCAUUAUCGUUUACUCGAUAUGCACUUCAUAACGAACGUCCAAAACAGAUUCUCUCGGCAGCUGCUCGCCCGUCAAAAGACGACGGCCGUGUUGAUGCUGCAAUGCAUGCACUACUCCUCUUCGAAGAUGACAACGGCAACCCGAUAACUAGCAGGAUCUAUACCGACUUGUCGCGCAGCAGACUAGGAGGAGUCCUGCCCCGAGUUUGGGAGUUGCCAUCAAUAGAAGUUGAAACGGACGCGGCGAUAAUCUACUUCUACAACGCUAUGAUGCCGCAUAUUUAUCAUUACAUAUCAAUCACUGAUAAGCGGACCGGUAUCACCGAGUACAAGACACAGAGCUCUGGCGGGCCUAUAUGGGGCGAUAGGUGGACUACGGGUGGAAAAGGCGGAAAAAGUUAUUGGAGCACAUAUCGAUGGCAACUCGAAGCAUUUAUGGAGAGAGUCAGGGACAAGGAGCCAAUUUGCUGGGUGCCCUCGGAGGAUACUGUGAUACAUAUGGAAUGCAUUGACGAGAUUUAUAAGAAGGCUGGAAUGCCGAUUAGGGGAGACCCGAUGGAGGUUGUGAAGGACGAGAAGGUUAGGAUGGCCCAGAAAAUGGAGCAAACAGAGACGAGUGGGAGGAGCGAAAAGACUUGA